AUGAAGGGCGGUGUUAAAUCCAUGCGAAAGGAUACGGUCGACGCUCCUUUUAUGCAGCCUCCUCCUUCUUGCAACUUACCAAUCCUAUCUGGCAUAUUUGUUCCUCCGAUUAAGGAUGAAGGCCUCUUCUCUCUUCCACCACCACCUAUCUUUCGGCUCUUCAGUGCAAUGAUGGUGGUUGAAAAAGGCAACUUCAAAAGACCUGCUGCCUUACACAUGGCAGCAAAUAGGAGGAAAGUUGACCGUGAUCCCUUUGAAAGUGCUAAAUUGGACGAGAGCUGA